AUGGCACAGCAGGCGCCUCGCGUGGCGCCGCUCGCGGCAACCUCGCUGUGCUACGACGCGGCCAUGCGCCACGAGCUCAAGGCCGCGGGUGCCAAACGUGAGGUUAGACCCGGCGACCACCCGUACAUCUCCACGGCACUCCCGAGCCCAGGCAGCGGCAGCGGCGGCGGCGGCGGCGGCGGGUUUCAGAAGGUUGUGAUGAUCUCUCCGAAGACGUCCAUGUCAGCGAUUCCGCCGCCGUGGGGGAUCAGCGCCAGGGAGGGCGCCUUUGGAGGCGGCCAGGCGGGGGACGCCGCGACCGGGUCGAGUAGCCUACAGGCCCUGGCGGCGAGGCCGCUGAGUAGCCGGGGGCGCCCGGGUGCGAUUGCGGCUGCGGUGGCGGCGGCGGGAGGCAACGGAGCUGGCGGAGACGGCGGCAUCGUCAGCCCGGGGGCGACUGGCGCCGCCGCCGCCGCGGCAGGGGCAGUGGCGGGCCGGCCAGCAUCGGGUGUUAAGUGGGCCAAACCACAUCAGCACGUCAAGGUGCAGAGCGCCCGGCCGCCGGGGUGCCGCGGGGAAAUCGAGCUGGACCCCUCGGUGUGGCAAGCCAACAUCGCCAUGCAGCUGCAGCGGCCGCCUAGCCGCCAAAAGCCGCCGCCAGAAGCGCUGCACCUGUGGACUCCGGAGCAGCAGAUGGGCAUGUUGGCGUCGGGGGCGGGGCUGAUGGGGCGGCCGGGCGGCGGCGGGCGGCCUCUGGGGGCCCGACCGCAAAGUGCAGCGCCCACCACGUAUCGCGGCACACGGCCCAUAUCGGGGCCCAGCGUCAAGGCGCAAGGUCCCGUGGGCGAGGACAGGACAGGUGCCUCGGCCCGGCCGCCCUCGAGGCAGAAGCCCCCGCCGCUGUCCACGCUGCUCGAGCACGACGACUUCCCGCCGCCCCCGGCCGGCUCGCGGCGGCAGCGGGGAGGCGGCCCUUUCUCUGACGUGAUGAUGGAUGUGGUGGUGAGCGGGUCUUCCUCUGAGGAGGGUGAUGACGACCUGGAGGGUGGCGACGAUGAAGAUGACGACCUGCAGGGGCCAGUGUAG